GUAGAUUGGAAUUUUUUGCACGUACAAUUCCAGCAUUUCUGAUUUUAUUGCGGCAUAAUUUUACAGAAUUUUGCAAAGAUGAGGGACAAACUUCUCUACGUGAAAUACUAUUCCAAUAAUUUACUCGUUUUAGCCGGGCUUAUCUUGUUCGUGGUUAUCAUUCCCAGUUCAAUAGUUAACUGUUCAGCACUUUGUCCCAAAGCGCUCAGCUCUAUUCCUAACGUUUGUGACCGUUUUGAGUGUAAACGCAACAUGACGGAGGCGGACUGCCCGUUGGACACGAUCUUCGUGAAGGGACUCACGCUGUGCGGGUGUUGUCCCGGAUGUGCGAAGUAUAUCGGAUUUACCAAAGCGUCAUCCAAUGCAACACAAAGAAACUGUACCAACUCGAAAAAUGACAUCGUGAAGUCGCCCGAACCAUUAUGUGCGGGUCCAAACUGUCCCAUUCUAAUCAAUCAGUGUUUCCCUGGCCUUGUGUGUAACGCUUUCAACGGGUCAUGCAGCCUCCCCACGUCCCCCCGAAACUCCUGCACGGAGGAAUGCAUGUACAAAAAGAGUCUCAAACGGCUCGGUUUAUUCCACUGGGAUCCCAUCUGUGAGGAGGACGGGUCAUACGCUCCCAAGCAGUGCAAAGGUGACCACGUGACGGGCAUCUGCUUCUGCGUGGACCCCUGCGGAAGACGCAUCUUUGGUCAGGAAUUUAGAGCCGAUUCCAAAAAUCAGACGUGUGCCUGCAGUCGACUCGCGAACAAUUUGCGUACCUCGGGAAACGUUGCCACGCUGCAUUGCACACCGGACGGUAACUUUGAACCGCUUCAGUGCGAUACUGACUCCGCGCUUUGCUACUGCGUUCAUGAAAGAACCGGGAAACUUCUUCAUGGGGCCGUAGUUCCGGAAACCCGGUGGAAAAGUUUGCCCUGUUUGACCCCAAAUGUGACCAAUUUUCUGCAAAAUGGUCACUACUUGCGCAAAUGUGAGAGUAAUUUCGCCGCAAAUGAGAAAUUUAUAAAUUAUUGGAAAAUACACGGGUUGGAGAAUGUGACGAUUUCACUGCCACAUUUUAACUGUGAUUAUGACGGGAGUUUUGGUCUCGUGCAGGAAUCUGAGUCGAGGUACGAUUGCGUUUUCAAGAAUGGGUCCAAAAUCGGAGACUUUUCGUCCAUAACAGAUCAAGUUGAUUGCAAUUGUGCCCGUGACCAGAUCAACUACCAAAUUAAGGGGAGACCUUUCUCCAUCGAGUGUGUACGUAAUGUCGGAAAUUACCCCAACAGUGUUGACUUUGGUUCCCACGCGUCCUGCAUUGACCGCGAUGGGAUUCCCUAUGGGGACGCGGUCCCCUCCAAGUAUGCCUGCUGCCUGAGUAACGACUGCGUCCUCGCGACAGCGAUGGAAUGUCAGCAGAAUGGAUACAUGUCAUGUUGUUCUUGGCCGUAUGGACCGGAGUGCACGUACGAAACGACCGAUGCAACGACGUAAAAUAUGAUGAAAUUCUAAUUUUAUGCCAAGAUUUUGGUUCUUUUUUUAAAAAUAAACAUACAUAAUUUUACGAUCAAG